GAAAGUGGAUCUGGAAAAACCGAAGCCUCCAAAAUUAUCAUGCGUUACAUCGCUGCCGUGACGAACGUGUCAGGUCGAAAGGAAAUCGAAAGGAUAAAAAAUGCGCUCCUCCAAUCGAACUGCAUACUUGAGUCGUUUGGAAACGCGAAGACCAGUCGUAAUGACAAUUCGAGUCGAUUCGGCAAGUACAUGGACAUCAAUUUCGACUUCAAAGGCGACCCGAUUGGUGGUCAUAUCAACAAUUACUUGCUCGAAAAGGUAAGACGAACUGAAAACGUCGUUUAA